AUGAAGUACAGUGUUCCUGCUAUUAUUUCUAUCCUCGCACCCGCCGCCGUGGCUGAUUUCAUGGUCUUUUGCGGCGAGGAUACCAAUGGUGUCGACGGCGCUGGUGUUGGGAGGUUCUGCGUUCUCUUCAACAACCCUCCCGAUUGCGAUGACGGGGGACCAAAAUUCUCCGUUCUCGAUGAUGUGUCGCAAAAUACAUGCGGUGGUGUAAGGUGCGAGGGCUGCGAGGAAGCACAGAAUAUACGUGACUGGAUCAUUACCGAGUUAGAGAUCAACAACACGCAGAAAUGCACCCCGUCUACCCUUUGGAUCGGUAAUGGUGGUACGGACCCUCACUUUACUAUCUACAGCGACGUCACAAGUGCUGUCAUUAGAGACAUUGACGGAAACCAAAUUGCGGAGUGUGAUGUCAUUACUGAGAAUAAUCAAAUUCUCGAAUGUAGCGGUGGACUUAACACAAGCUCCUACAAGCAUCACUUUACUUGUCGUACCCCAAUGUACAUACUCAACUCCAACUAA